CACUAGGAUUCUCUGGUAAUCUACGUAUCGGUCGUCGUUUAAAAGGACGAAGGGCCGCCGUUCGUUUUUUUUCCGAGGAUCGAAGGAACCUGAGCGCGAUGAAGACGGUCUUCGUCAUUAUGACGCUUCUAGCUUGCGUUUUCGCGGCGCCGCAAGGUAAUCCAAACGAGGUCACGAUUGUGAAACAGGAAGAAGUGAACAAUAUAGGGGUAGGUGGAUAUCACUUCAGCUAUGAGCAGAGCGAUGGUCAGAAGAGAGAGGAGACGGCUGAAUUGAAGAACGAAGGCACCGAUGACGAAGCUCUCAGCGUUGUUGGUAGCUUCAGUUACAUCGCGCCGGAUGGACACACUUACAGGGUCGAUUACACGGCGGAUGAGACCGGGUUUCAUCCUACUAUCAAUCUCGUCGCAAAGUAAGCUGAAGUUACAUUUCAUUUAGGAUUCUAUGGUCGACGACGCAUUCGUGUAAUUACACACACGCAUUAGAAUACAUUAUUACAUGAAACAUGCGACUCAUCGAUGUACAGAUACAAAGUGUUAAGGAAAUAAUCGACCUCAGUCCAUCUUUUUCGGCCAACUCAUCCUCUGUGAAAAUAAUCGCGUUAUCUUGCAUUGUAAAAUGCGCAUAAUACAAGUUUUUUUUACAAGCGUAAUUUUUUUUUUACAUACAUUUAUCUAUGUAUAUGAAUCUACAAACGCAAUUUGUGCAAAUAAAUCUUUAUACCGAAA